UUCUCUUGUAGUGAAGUUCAGGUUGUUAGACGGUUACAAUUAGUGACAAAUGAGACUUCAUUUGAUAAAAAGUUUUAAGUUUCUGGUUUUUAAACUAUUACAACUUAUCAAUUAAUAUUGAAAUAAAAUACAAUAUUUUUUGAAUUAUGAUUACGAAUUUGUUUGGUCGUACAAACUUACUUUUGUCAUCCUGGCUGGCUGCAGCAUGCUUUGUUAUCUCUAUACAUAUCGAUCACGAGGAUAACUGAUUUCACGACGAAGUUCCUUCAAUUAGCAUUGGACUACUAUUCUAAACUAUUCAUACUAACAUAUUGAUAUUUUAAUACUUUUUGCAUACAUAAGAGAUAUUGAAUAAAUUUUAAGAAAAAAAUUAUCUAUUAGUCAACUAUUUAAUUACAUUAACAUAUAUCGAUUUCACGUCUAUAUUAUCUUUUAUUUUCUAAUUGAGAACUUACAAAAGGACUUUAAAAAUCUCGAUAGAAUGUGGUUAAUAAUAUAAGAAGAAAUACUAAAAAUUUUUCAAAUUUAAGAAAAGAAAUGAGUAAAAGAAAAAUUGACUUCUGAAUCAAAAAAGCAAGUGUUAAACGAGAUUUAUUACUACUAACUUGUCUAACAAAUCUAAAUCCAUCCAAUCAAUUUCUACAAAUGUUGUACACACGCGUCCAGUUUGCAUAAUCGGGUUAUGUCGCGAGUUUUAACGAUCAAUCCGAAUAUCCGAUUAAUGCAUGCUUCUAGAAGUGUAAAUUGUGAGAAAGCGCGAUUUUAGGAAAGAUCGAUGGAUUUAAUUAAUUUUAAUAUAUUUGUUUAUAUGAUCGAUUGGUUUGAUUAUAAAAUAAGAAUCUAAUGAUUCGAUAUAUAUAUAUAUAUAUAUACGCAGAUUUCAUAUUGAAAUUAUGUAACAUGCACUUGAAUAUUAUAAAAAUAGAGAGAUAUAAAUGCAAUUAUAGUGAAACUUUCUUGAAUCAUUGUUCAUGAAUGAUAUAUUUGAUUUUUAUUGAAAAAGACACAUGAUUUGUAAAAUGUAUAUAUUAUAUCAGAAUGAUAUUUUUGAUACUCAAUUGACAAAAAAUUCUUUAGAAUUAAAUAAUUGCAAAUAUUUAUAUAUAUUUUUGAAAUAUUAUAUUAUUGAUAUAUAUAUAUUUGAAAAUUAUGAGUUUUAUAAAUAAAACCACUACUUUUAUAGUAGUAUAAGAUGUUAAAUAAAUAGUAUAUAUUUAAAUGUAUGCUAUAUUAAGUUUGCUCUAAACUAAAAAAUUAUGAAUGUAUAAGAAUGAGACAAUUACACAAACGCACUAGUCCAACUAAAUACUUGCACAAAGAAAUUGCUUUAAUUAGAUUUAAUUAUAACUUAUUCUCUCACGACAGACAAUUCAAUUGUUUGAUAUACUUUAGAAGUAUUUUAUUAUUUCUUUUUUUAUGAUUUAUUAAUAAAUAUAACAUAUAUAAUAUAAAUAUAAAAUUAUUAUGAUCAUAGAAGUCUAAUAAAAUAUAUGUAUAGAUCAUAAUACAGAUAACAAUAAAAAAAAAGAUUAUCUAUUGAAUAAUUUAUUGAUAAUAAGAGAAUAUAAUUGCAUGUAAUCUCUAGUAAAGAGACAUGGAAUUCACGCAUACGGCCUUGUUCUGAUUUUUUCACGGUUGACCCGUUGAUUUUGCAACGCAUAACGGAUGAUGCGAAAAAAAGGGCACGUAACUGCAUAAUUUUGCAGCGUAAAUGAAUAAGAAAUAUAUUCACCAUAAAAAAAAAGAAAAAAAGAAAAUGAUGGAAUUAAGAAUUAAUUCUUCCCUUAAAAUAUAAAAUACAUAAAAUAUUUUAUCAGAAUCUAUGAUUUUCUAAAAAAUUUAACUUAGGAGUUUAUAUAUGAACAGAAAAAUCAAGAAAAAAGAGAAUUGCAAGAAUUGCAAAAGCAAUUUGAUUUAAGAUUCUUAGAAGACGUAAUUUUUGCAUAGUUUCAACAGUGAACAACGAAAGUAACAAUUAUUGUUCUGUUACGCAAAACUAAUGCUCCAUAAAACUAAAAUCUGUCGUUUCCUUAUCGGUUUCUCGUAACAUUCAAUGAAAUUUUCUUCAAUCAAACAAGAAUGAAAUUCAAAUAGAAUAAACAAAAUCAAUGAUAUAUUAAUUGCUCUAAAUCUUUCACGAGGAAUCCUUUCAUAAUUUUUUAGAAUGAUAUUGAAUUAUAUGAGGGAAGAUAUAUGGGUAGCAGAAGGAUGUGUGAAUUAAAUACAAAGUAGAUCUUCCUUCAAAAAUGUGAAAUAUGAAACGCUAUUUAGAUGAGAUGCUGGGAAAGAAUCCAAACUAUUAUAUAUGCACACGAGCUACCAAGGAAGAGUGGGAGGCACUAGACAUGUGAGAAUGAUGAGACGCUAAGGAAGAAUGUACGGUGUACAGUUACUUUAUUCUGUAUGCGGGUUGAUGAUCCAGAAAGAACAAGUUUCUUCCCGAACAAACAAUGAACGUAGGACAUUGAUCCAGGGAUACAAGAAAGAUAAUGAUCUUGGUGUAUAGCGAAAGUGGAUUUCAUGAUAGUAUGAUUGGUCCGAAGAGGACGGAUGUGUGCGAUUUUCAUCGUUAAAAUUGAACACGAAUUUCAGCGUGAAGACGCGGAUGAUUACUUAAGAAGAGGGACGGAUGUCUGUGUUAUUAGACUAAAUGUGGAACAAUCUGACGUGUGUGGACGAUUUCUUGAAUCGAGCCUUUCACAAAUUAGGUCUAAUAGUUGGCCAUCAUCCCGGUUAUUUCGUCAUAGUUCCAGUUCUCCUGGCCUGCAUCUGCUUUACCGGAUAUCAGAGGAUCCAUUACGAGAUAGAUCCGGAAUACCUCUUUUCUCCGAUUAAUGGACCAAGCAAAACGGAAAGAGCGAUUGUCGAACAGUACUUUAAAGUCAAUUACAGUCAUAGAUUCAAUCUAGGUCGUAUCACUAGGCCAGGUCGAUUCGGGCAUGUGAUUAUCACAUCUAAGGAUGGGAAUGAAAAUCUAUUGAGAACAGUGGUAUUCAACGAGCUUAGAGAACUGGAUAAGACUAUAAGAAAUACGAAAGCGAUGUACGAAGGAGAAGAAUUUAAUUAUAGUCAAAUUUGUGCUAGAUGGUUAGAUACAUGUUUCAACAACGAUAUUCUAGAUCUACAUCAUAUCAUAGAAUAUGUGGAGAAGAAAGAGCUCAAUCUGACGUUUCCUGUCACGCUGAAUCCUGUCACCUGGGAUUUUUACAUAUUGCCGGUCUAUUUUGGAGGAAGCGUGAUCGACAAAGAUUUAAUGAUCGAGUCUGUACCCUCUAUGCAAUUGGCCUAUUUUCUCACAGCUGACAAUGCUCGUCAAGAUGCGAUAGGAGCAGCCUGGGAAGAAGCAUUCCUGGAGACAUUGAGAAAAGUGGAAGAGGAGAAUAUCUUCAAACAUAUUACCACUGCCAGGUUUGCGUCUAGGACUUUGGAACUAGAACUGGAAGAGAAUACCAAAACUAUAGUGCCUUAUUUUUCGAGCACAUUCAUACUGAUGGCUCUGUUCUCCGUGGUCACUUGCAUGAUGACCGAUUGGGUGCGCAGCAAACCAUGGCUGGGACUUCUUGGCAAUGUUUCCGCCGCAAUGGCAACGGUGGCAGCUUUUGGUCUUUGUAUAUACCUAGGUGUCGAUUUUAUUGGUCUCAAUUUAGCUGCACCUUUUCUCAUGAUUGGUAUUGGAAUAGACGAUACGUUUGUGAUGCUAGCUGCUUGGAGACGAACCAGUAUAAUGAAACCGGUACCUGAAAGGAUGGCUGCGACUCUCAGCGAGGCUGCUGUCUCGAUUACUAUUACUUCCUUGACUGACAUGAUAUCGUUCUUCAUUGGUAUUCUCUCACCCUUUCCCUCUGUUCAAAUUUUCUGUAUUUAUUCAGGAUUCGCCGUAGUCUUCACCUUCGUGUUUCACCUGACCUUCUUCACAGGCUGUGUAGCCAUCAGUGGCUAUUGCGAGCAAAAGAAUCUUCAUAGUGUAGUAUGUUGCAAGGUGCAACCUCUCUCCAAGUCUUCAAACAGAUCUUGGUUCUAUAGAGCAUUAUGCACCGGGGGCGUGGAUCCAGACGAUCCUUAUAAUCCUACCGACAACCCGGAACACGGAUGCAUGAGCUGGUUCCGGGAUUAUUUGGCCGCCGCAUUGAAUUGCAGACCCAUCAAAAUCAUUGUAAUUCUGAUAUUCGGCUGUUAUCUAGCCGGCGCUCUUUACGGGCUGACGACUCUUCGGGAGGGCUUGGAUCGACGCAAGCUCUCCAAGAAUGACUCUUAUUCGAUUGUCUUCUAUGACCGUCAAGAUUACUAUUUUCGGGAAUUCCCAUACAGAAUACAGGUGGUGGUAAGCGGAGAAUAUAAUUACAGCGACCCAGUGAUUCAGGAACAGAUGGAGAAUUUAACUCGAUCCUUGGAAGCCAGCAAGUAUAUCAGCAGCGCUCCUAUCUACACGGAGAGCUGGCUCAGAAAUUUCCUCAGCUACGCCAACAACAGUGCGACCGACGUAGAUAUCGAGGACGAGAAAAGUUUCAUCAAAGAAUUAAAAGACACUUGGUUGUCCCCUAAAAGUAGCUUUUCCUUGGAUGUGAAGUUCGACCCGAGCGAAGAACACAUUAUAGCUAGCAGAUUUCUCAUUCAGGCGGUGAAUGUAAGCGGGACCAAUCAGGAGAAAGACAUGGUGAAAGAACUCCGUCAGAUUUGCGCCCAAUCUCCUUUGAACGCCAGCGUGUUCCAUCCCUACUUUGUGUUCUUCGACCAAUUCGAACUUGUUAAACCCACUAGUAUUCAAUGUAUGGUGUUUGGUGCCCUUGUCAUGAUGCUGAUCAGCUUCAUCUUUAUUCCCAAUGUAAUGUGUUGCCUCUGGGUUGCUUUUUGUAUCAUUUCAAUCGAAUUGGGAGUCGCUGGUUACAUGGCUCUGUGGGAUGUAAGCCUAGACAGCAUAUCCAUGAUUAAUCUUAUCAUGUGUAUAGGUUUCAGCGUCGAUUUCACUGCUCACAUUUGCUACGCCUAUAUGAGCUCCAAGCAGAAGACACCGGAGGACAGAGUGAAAGAAAGUUUAUACAGCCUUGGCCUUCCCAUAGUGCAAGGGGCCACUUCCACGAUCCUUGGAUUGAUAGCCCUGGUUCUUGCCGGAACGUACAUUUUUAUGGUAUUCUUCAAGAUGGUGUUUCUGGUGAUAUUUAUCGGAGCCAUGCACGGAAUGUUUCUACUUCCUGUCCUGUUAUCAUUAUUCGGCCCUUCAUCUUAUCACGAUGACAAAACAGAAACGGAUAAAACUCAACAGAGAAAGAUUUCAGAGAAGGAUCUGAAUUGCGAACUCCAACAUCCUUACGUGAUUCCACAUCCAACUCUAACUUAUUAUCAUCAUUCUUCCGGGCCCGACAAGAAUUUUCAAGGCAGCCCUGCGACCAGUUUAGCUGCGUUCGACGAUAGGGAUCCUGGAUUGGGGACCAGCGAGGACAGCAAUUCCACGGAAAGUGGAUCGUCUCAAAGCAGAAGAAAGGAAGGUCAGCUGGAACAAGAAAAUCAAAGGCGGCACGAUGUCUGCAGAAAAUCCAUAGGCGUCCUCUAUGGGAUGUCUCAGUUUCAAACCGCUUCAUCACCGGCUGCACCACCUCCGGAUUAUUCUGGAACACUUCCAGAACCAGUUUCAAAUGAGCAGGAGCGACGAGCGGUUAGGACAGUGUCUUAUGUAGGCCCAUAUCCGGCUCAAAGGCCCACCAAUCAAUUACACAGAGAUCAUAGAAGAAGUAGAUCGUACCAUAAUCUUCAUUACUCGUCGAGGUACCUGAGUGAUUCGCGUUAUCCUUAAUGAUAUCUUUCAAUGAAGAGUAAAAUAAGUGUUAAACAGCUUUUGUACGGCGCAGAAGUAACAAAUUUAAAAUUUUUCUUGGAAGGAAGUCAAUAUCUUGAAUUUUCCUUUCUGUUCUUAGGAUAAUUAUUGGAGGUAUGAUUUCCUUUUUUUUUUUUUUGACUAUUGAUUCUCUUUAUGGUUGUAAAUAUAAAUUGGUGUCUGAAAGAUCAGUGAAUCAUUUGGUUUUUUUUUGUUGAAGAAAGGAUCUUUUCUCGUGGAGAAAACUCUGCGAGUCGUGUUCUAUUUUGGAAAGAGACUUGAGUGAGUUUGGAAGAGACUAUUUUUCAAGUGUUUUCAAGUUUUAAAAAACUGUUGGAGGAACUAUAUCAUAAAAAGUUAGAACAUAAUAGAUAAAAUUACAUCAGCCUGCAUUUUUAAAAUCUUUUAAAUCUGUUUCUUUGUGAUUAAAUUAAAGAAAAAAAAAGAAAGAAAGAAAAAAUGAAAAAUAGAUUGUCGUAGAAUUUUAAAAAUUUAGGCUGACGCGAUUAAAACUGUGAAUUUGAUACAUUUUUACUUUGAGCUGUAUGCAUGAUAAUGAAUUUUUUUCUCCAUUAGUUUCGUGAAAAUCUUAGAAUAAUAGAAAUCUAACUAUAUCAACAGGCAACAGCAGUUACCGCGCGCAAGUUAGUCAAAGAUCUAUCCAUAGAUCGUGGAAAAUAACAAAAAUGAUUUUUCACGAUCUAUGGAUAGUGUGUAAGAAUUAAUCUGCUCAAUAGAAAUCAAAACCAAAACGCAACAGCAGGGAGAGCCAAUUUUUCAAACGCAAAAUUUGAAGAAUCUGUCGUGCCUUAUUAUGAAAUAUGUUCUUGAUGAAAAAGAAGAAGAAAAUAAAAUUUUUGUGAAAUAAGAUAAUAAUUUUAAUUGCACAAAAGAGAAAUGAAAUCAAAUGGUUUCAUCAAAAAUUUUUACAAGCACAUGUGAAUCAAGUUCAAUUCUCCACCAGUGUUUCUCUUCUUCGUUAUUUGAUCGCCCAUUUAUGUUAAAAUAUCGUGACACAUGGACGUAUAGUAUGAUUGCAGGUCAAUUUGUACGCGCAAAGGAAAUAAUGUUUGCUCAUCUAUUUUGAAAAUUUUUUAACAGUUUUUUAAUAGUUUGAGAAAUUAGAAACUCGCAUAAAAGUUUCUAUUCAGAAAACAAUAGUAAAGUAAAGUGUAAAUUACAUAUAUUAAAUGUUGGAAGAAUUGCAUGCUAUUCUUUAUACAAUAGACAAGAGAAUUUCAAUCUUAAAAAGCUUUUAAUCGCAUAGUAUUAAAACGAAUUCGAUUAAUUGUUAAAAAAAAAAAAAAAAAAGAUUGUGUGUAUAUUUAUUUACAAUUUUUAAAUGGAUGAAAUAAACGAUGUAUCCUGAGCGUUCAGCACAAUUUUUUCUGUAUAGCACUUAUGCGUGCGUGUUGAUGAGUGAGAAGAAUGUAAUAACUAUUAAGUAUUAUCAAACUGGCAGCUGCCAUUGAAAAAUAAUUCUUGUAAACGAAAUAUAUUCUGGUGACGAUUUCCUCGUGA